AUGGCAAAUUCUAUGACUCUAUCUCACCUAGCUAUAAUUUUGUCCAUUAAUAUUUUCAUAGCUGGACCAACCUGUGCACAAAUCAAUACUCCAUGUAACCCUUCAACACUAAGCACUCUCUUCACACCUUGUAUGAGUUUCCUUACAAAUAGUAGUGCUAAUGGCACUUCACCAACCACUCAAUGUUGUACUGCUCUUAAGUCUCUCACAAGUGGUGGCAUGGACUGUUUGUGUCUCAUCGUUACCGCCAGUGUUCCGUUCAAGAUUCCGAUCAAUAGAACGUUGGCCGUCUCUCUCCCUCGCGCGUGCAAGAUGCCCGGUGUUCCCGUUCAAUGCAAAGCCUCUGCUUCACCACUUCCUGCUCCUGGACCAGUGGCUCUAGGACCAUCUCCUUCACCUGCAUCAACUCCUUCAGGUCUCUCAGGAUUUACUCCAACUCCUAGUCCUCAAGCAUCUUCUGACCUUCCUUCACCAACUUCAUCUCCCUUGGCACCACAACAAAACACAAAGGUUCCUCUUUUGAAUCCACCAUCUCCAUCCGUUGAUUCUGGUACCCCAUCUACAUCUACAACAGGAAGUGGUCGCACUUCUCUGACUCCUUCUUCUGCAGUGGCAUCUUACAAUGUUUCACCUUCUGUUUUAUUGAUUACACUUGGAUUUGUUGCUAUAAAAUACUACUAG